GGGGGGUUCUUCACAUUUAGUGCUACAGCAGCAUAGUGGGAACGGUGAACCUCUGAAAGACGCAAGAUGACCUCAAACUAGCAAAACACCUUGUCCAUCGAGCAUCAUGGCGCGCAGAUGUCGGAGGAUGGUGCUUCUGGCGUUCUUGACCCAUGUGAGCCUAGAGCUCUGCGGUUUUGUUGGCUCUUGGACCGCCAAAAGUCACAGCGAGAAAGCACAGCCAACGAGCGUGGGGGUCCAUGCGGUUGACCCAGCCGCAGCCGCAGCGUUGGGUGCUGCGUCAUCUGCAAUAAGCGGUUUUGAUUUCGUGGGUAAGCGGAAGGCAUGGUUUGAGACACAAUUUGCCGAAGUCCCACUGCUGGCAAGUAUGUCGCCAGAAGUCAAAGAUCAUGCCGAGAGAUUGCUGAACGUGAUGCGGUCACAGCAAACCAUCAUCCCGCAAGUAGUAGAACUACCUGAACAGACAGUCGAAGGUACUGGCUUCCAGCGGUUGAUGAUAACAGUGUUGAACGACAACCGAACAGGUGGUCUCUCUGCUGUGCAUGCCGAGCCGGGGGUCGGCAAGUCUGUCGCCGCAGCACUGGCACUUCGGAAUUGCACACAGAAGUCUGCAGUUACGGUGUUCCUACAGCGAGAUUUCCAGAAGAACCUCAAGGACUUCUUCCGCGUUGAAGAUGUUGCAGAUGCUGUGGAUGUGGCUGGGGAGCUGUUUCGUAUCCUGAAACAGCACGGCAUUCGUUUACAGAUGGUCUUUGACAACACCUUUGAUAUCGGACUGGGGGGACAAGAGACAGACCUCUUGACUCUCACCAGAGCUGCUCAUGAAUAUGACCACCACCUGAUUGCCGUCACACAAAGUGAGGAAGCUGCUAACAAGGUAGCCUAUCUCAACGGAGCACGCACCCGUCUCCUAGAGCAGCGAAAGGCGCCUUCUUACAGAUGGUCAAAAGGAGAGGCAGAGGAGUACUUGAAGGAGUACUUGAAGGCUGAAAAUGCGGAGAGGGUUCUGAACAUGACCCAAGUGCCUGAUGAAGUUGGCGGGUGGAAACCGGUGGACAUCAAGGAGUAUUUGAAGACAGGUCGAAGACCAGAAGCACCACAACAGGGACAAGGUGGCAGAAGCACAGCGAAUUCAGCAGUCUGGGUCAGGCAACUCCAGAAGGACGGUGAUACAUUCGAGCAGAUGGGCAACGCUUUCCCAAUUGACCCAGUGCCCUCCAAUAUUGCCUAUUUGAAGAAAGCAAUUAAGGCAGAGAAACCGAACAAAGUGAAGUGUGACGCAGAUGAAAUUGAUAUUUUUAGCCAACAGGAUGGAAGUUGGAUUAGGGAAGAUGAAGAAGCAUCUGUCAAUCGCGGCCCGUCUAAGACAGAUUGCUAUGGCUUCACAUUGCCAUCAGCGUGAGUGCUUCUCUCAGCAGCGUUACGCCUAGCGUUCCACUUGUCUUGCCCUUCUGUGGCUGAGGUGAAACCAAUUGAGAGCAAGGGUUCCCAAUAGUUUCAACGAAUUCCAUCUUUGGAGUAAAUGUAGAGUGGAUGUCGCUGUGGCAUGACCGUGCAUCACUCACAAGAUAUGAGACACUGCGUUGAGACUCUUGUCCAGCAGGUUGUGCACACAGCGGGUGCAGAAACAGUGAACCAAAAAGCUGUUCAAGAUACGUUUCACUCGGGCAAUGUAUACGCCCAAGCACAGCCACGAAUCCAACCAUGCAUUGUGGGAGAAGGUAAGUGCUUGAUAUUGAACCGGCUUUCCUGAGAGAAACUUGAAAAGAAAACUGGAG